AUGCUAAGGAGGAUAGGGUCGUUUCUUUACUAUCUGGCCCAUCUGGAAUGGACGGAGAGGGUGCAGACGUCCUGCAUCUUUUGUGACCGAAGUAGGUUUGAGGAAAACAUCGUUUACGAGGAUGCCAAUCUUAUUGCCAUAAACAAUGUGCGCAAAGCGGGGCGCCAUCACUGGCUGAUAAUGCCCAAGUCGCAUAGUUGGCGCGACAUCGAGAAGCUGGAGCAUGCUGAUGCGCACCUAGUUAACUCCAUGGUGAAGCUGGGAGAACGUCUCUUGGAGCAGAACUGCCCUGCCGUCCCGCGCACUAACAUACACAUGGGAUUCCAUCGAGGUCGCCGUAUUCUCUUUGGAGAUAUCUACUGGCCCGACAUCGUCUCCAUUCAUCACCUCCACAUGCACGUUCUUGUCGAGCCUCGGUUCUGGCUAAAGCUAUUCAAGUAUCCUUCGUGGCUACCGCUCAUGUGGAAGUCUGAAAAGAAAGUGAUGCGAGACCUGGAAACGUCGUGUAAGAGUGAUUAG